GUUUUACCAAGCCUUUGAACUUGUGAGGAUGAACAGGGUUUCUGCAGGAUUCCUCCUCUCCCCGCUUUCUCACGCGUCCUUGUACUAAUCGUGGGCUAGCCCCCGCCAUGCACGCCAGCCGAGCCGAAAUCUCUCUCAAGGAGGACACCAAGCGUAGCGCCCUGCACAUCUCGGGGCGGGUCAGACUGGCCCCCUACGGCUCCGCCAUCUCCGCCAAGAGGCCGAAAGUCCACGGGGACCAAGUGGUCCCCGAGAUCCGCGGGCGAGAGUACGGCCGCCAACCCGCCUUCGUCAGGAAACUGAGGAACGCGGCAGUGGGCACGGGCUGCGAUAUCAGACUGAAGGUGUCGGUGACCGGGAGCCCCCUGCCCACGCUGAACUGGUUCAGGAACAAUACCCCGCUGCCUCCCGACGCCGACGACUACGGGGCUCUCUCGAUCCGGGACUGCCAGUCCACUGACGCCGGGGUCUACACCUGCAUAGCCCGCAACGCGCACGGGGAAGCUCGCACCUCGGCUGUGCUCGCUGUUCUGGAAGUGGAAGAGGAAGUCCAAAGUGGAUUGAUCAGGAACGCAGAGGAGACCAAUGGGAGAACGUGCAAACUCCACCCAGACAGCGGCGGAGGUCGGGAUUUAAUCCUGGUCUGCGGAGCUCCACCCAUUGUCCUACUGGGCCACACACUUCCCCAGAGGAAUGAGAGAUUUCAUUCCUUCAACAGCCGUCGGCAUUAAAAGCUCUGACAAUCUGAUGCCUGGUUGCUCAGGAACUUUAACUGGAAUUGCUUUAUUAUCGCCACCUGUACUAGGCUACAGAGAAGAGCUGUUGUUUCCACAGCAGACAUAAGGACCUUUCCGUACAUACGCAAGUACGUCAAGGAGGUGAAAGGGAACACUGAAAGCAGAAUAAAGUGUCACGGUCACAGAGAAAGUGCAGUGCGGGUGGUCAGUAAGGUAGAUUGGGAGAUCGCAGCUCCACCUCUCAGUGUUAUAGAGUCAGAGGGCACUGCCACAGCUCAUCCAGCCUGAGGUAAGCUGUUAGUCUGGCAACAAGAGAGUGGCAGCAUGGCCCCAGUAGCACGUGCUUUCAAGGUUCUGUAUCGUCUGUCUGAUGGGAGGGAGGAGAAGGGAGAGUGCCUGGGGUGGGAUGGGUGCUUUGCUGAGGCUGUAGGAAGUGUAGACCAGGUCACUGAACGGAUCUCGCGAAUGAUGAGACGGUCUCUCGUUGUUUUACCUUGUUCUACCUCAAUACACUCAUCUGUAUGAACAGUAUGCAAGGUAAGCUUUUCACUCAAUCUCACUACACGUGACGGUAUAAACCAAAUCGAAUAUGGAUAUCAAUACCAGAUGGCUUGGAACCUGAAGAUUAGAUUAGCUUUAUUUGAUGUGUCCAUACAUUGAAACAGACAGUGAAAUGCGUUGGUUGUGUCAACAACUAACAGAGUUUGAGGAUGUGCUGGGGGAUUGUGGUGAACUACAUAUACCUGUCUGGACACGCCCCUCUGCUGACUGCUCCUGUGGCUCCUCCCACACACCCCUGUAUAAAGGCGAUUGGAGGCACUGCUCCUCCCUCAGUCUCCGGGAUGCCGUGCUCCGUUUUGCUGCUAAUA